AUGCACUUAGACCUGAAAGACGAAAAGUGGUCGCUUAUGGAAGAAAUUUUACCUACGCUUAACCUUCUAAAAAUCGCUAAUACAUUAGUUUGUGGAGAAAAGUAUGUUACCAUAUCGGAUGUUUUAAGUAUUGUAGUGGCACUUUUUGACAAAUUUUCAAACGACUCUGAAGACGACAGCGCUGUUUUAAAAAACUUUAAAAAUGCUUUAAUAACCGGAUUAAAUACACGUUUUAUAAACAAAAUUGAGGAAAGUAAUAACCUAUAUCUAAAGACCAUGGCAGUUGAUCCGAGAUUUAAAGAUAUAAAUUUUUUUUUCGUCACUUUUGAGUUGCGUCAAAAAAUUUAUGCAGAUAUUUGCGAAGAAAUUAAAUCUAAUAAAAAUCGGGAACAGCCACAUUUAGACCCAGAAUACAAGAAUGCAGAAGUCGGGGAAGAGAAGAAACAAAAACAGCGGUGUGAAGAAAAAAUGAAGACCAACAAAAAAGAACUUCAGGAAUUAUUUGGUUCUAUUUCAGAGAGUGAAGAGCAGGUAUAGGAUGAUGAAUACGAGCGGUUUCUUGCGGCAAAGAAAAUUAAAAGGAGCGACGAUCCCAUUUCGUGGUGGCAAGUGAAUGAAAAGAAAUUUCCGGCUACAGCUUUUGUAGCCAAACGAUAUUUGGGAAUACCUGCCACUUCAGUUGCGAGUGAGCGUCACUUUUCCGCCGCGGGUCAAAUCGUUACCACAAACAGAGCUCGUUUAAAUCCCGAAUUUUCUACAAAACUACUUUUUGUUAACAGGAAUUGAGUGUAUGCAGAAUGCAAAUAACAUAACUAGGGUACUACAUUACAUUCUUACUUCUUAGAUUUGUUUGUUUUGUGUAUACUGUAUAGAUGUAGAAUAUUAUAUUUACGUUUGUGUCUUCAUGGAUAUUAAAUAUUUAUUUUCAAUGAUUGUGGAAAUUAUUACCUCGAAUUAAAAACAAAUGAAGCAGGUCUAAAGCUCUAUAGAUAAAAAAAGAUAGAGUUUAACGGGUCUUAAAUUCUUAAAUAAUUAUUAAAGGGCCUUAACGGGCUAACGGUU